CCAACGUCAUUCCCGGCGCCGAAUCCCCCCGAAACACACGAUCCUUCCCGCGCCGCCGCUGAGGCGCCCUAACGCCGCCGUCUCCGGCCGCGCGACCACCUCCGAUCACCGCCUCUCUCUCUCUCUCUCUCCACUGCUCCCCCGCGCAUCGCCUCCACCAUCGGGCCUACCUGCCCGCGCCGGCGCCGCCGAUCAAUCGCCGCCGCCGUCAGUCCUGCUCCUGCGGGCGAUACCUAGCUGCUCCGGGGCGGCCAUUUCCUCCGAUUGCCCGCGCUGCCUCGUACCCUCUCCGCCACCGACCAGUCCCUUCCUUGAGUUCGUUGGCUGCCGUCGUUAGAAAAUUAUUUGGCCAUGCUAUUAUUAUUAUUUUUGUUCUUAGCCACUAGUAGUACUUUUCAUUCACUAAGUUUCGGUCAUUGCAGUAGCUAAAUCUGAAUAGAAGAAAGACCAAAUUGAGACAACUGGGGAAACAAGUGAUCGAAUCAGAUCAUCGAUCCCUCUUUUUGGCCCAAGCUCCCGAGACGGACUAUUAGUCCCUGUUCUUGGAUUGACCAAGUCUGAAUAGAGACAAUGCAAAAUGAAGCAAGCGGUGUACAGUGGUCAGAGUGUACAUUUCUCUUGAACCACCAUUGAGCUCCCCAUAUCCUUUGAUGUCUCCAUAUCUGAAGAGUGUAUAGGAAUGUGAGAAAACCGGACUGCAGAGAUGAAUAGUACCAUCCUUGAUGUAUUUAAGUCAAGAAAUAUUAAUGGAGAAUUUUCUGGAACUGUCAUACAUUUUUAUUCAUUCAGUUAUGAGGGUAAAGAUGAUACAUGGUAUAAGGGUGAAAUUUUUCCUGUCAUGAGCUUGAAGACACCAUUAGAGAAGGGGAAAGGAAUUAGAGUUUCUAUAUGGACAUUCCCAGCUGAGAAAGAAAAAGAAUUGAAGGAAAUGAUUCUGGAUCUAUUGCCGUUGGAAAGUACCGCACUGCUGAAGCCAAGUUUUGCCGCGUACAAUUCUCAUAUUGACCGUGCAAUACUUUGUUGCACACCAUGCACCUCAAAUAUGACUUCUUGGAUCGCCAAGCAGGUUCAAAUACCUUCCGAUUCUUAUCUCCAGGAGGAUUCAAAAAACAUGAUACGCUCCAUAUUAAAUCUGUCAAAGGUGAUGUGGGACUUGGGCUAUGCUUGUGAUGGGUUAGAUGACCCCCAAAGCUUUAUUAUGAUGGAUUCUAAUGUCAAACUUCUCCCUUUUGGGAUACGAAAGAGACAAUUCUGAUAGUGAAAUGAUGCACCGCAUAAAGUUUUCAAAUCUUUUAGAAAAUCAUCUCAGCCAAAGAUGGAGUGAUGUUGAAGUGGAUGAAUUUAUCAAGCUCAUGAGAAAUCCUUCAGCAAGUUUGGAACAUUUGCUAAAUCAUCCACUCUUGCUGCCCCCUGAGAUUCGUAUGUCCUCAUACCUUAACUUGUGGAUUGAGAAUUUGACACCAGACCAACAUAAUCUGUACAACUCAAUCACAAGUUAUAAGGAAAAAGUACCCAAUAAUAAAACUUUCAUGUAUGGGGAUACAACUCGAGAAGCUCAUCGUUUUUCACGUAACACAGCAUCGCACUACAUAAGUCAUUGGAGACGACUUAUCCCGAGCAGUAAUAGGACAAAAGCUCCAUUCGACAUGGUCGACAAAGAACUCAAGAAGUGCUUUCCAGGGUUGCCGUGUAAGAUUUAUGCUAUGACAUUAGACCCACUUUGGAACAAAUGAUUGGGAGCAAUAUUCAGUUCGAAUGCUUUCUCGGUAUACGCUGUUGAGUUUUACAUGCAGAGUUUUUACUCUAGCUGUAUAUAUUUGGCAUGGUUUUGCGAAAUCAUUGGGUCAGUUACUUUGCAGGCUAUAUUUGUGAAACCAUUGGGUGUGAGGAGUUUUCUAACAUUUGCAAGUCCAAUUUUUACAGUGGGAAGUGAAGUUUCUCCCCCAACGAUAUUCUUGUGGCUGUCGAUUAGCCCUGCGAUAUUUUGUACUCAAUCCAGAAUGAAAAUGUAUGCACUCAAUCCAGAAUGAAAAUGCAUGUAGCAUGUUGUCGUGCUCAAUUGAGAAUAUGUAAUGUAACGUCUGUUAGCAACCUGGUUCCGUGAACUUAUUAUAACUUGGACAAAUGGCGCAAUCCUUGUUGUACCUUGUCUUUCAGUUGUAACUACGGAGUAUGUUCUUAGAUAGUCUAAUCACUGUCA